AUGUCGUGCAGAUAUCCAAGCCUGAGAACGUGGUUCAGAUCGGCGCACUCGCCAAGAAGUGAAGGUACAAAACCCAAUCCCUGUUGGCGAAUAAAUCAGGACCUCAAUUGCGUUUGCGCAGCGUGGCACAAAGGCACAGACCACCGCGCCUUCACCUCGAUUUGGCUGUGUAGAAGCUCCACUGUACACCUUACAGCCUUGUCGAAAUCUUGUUUCAAUCUUUGCACCACCUAUACUCGAUUCGCAAACUACACCUCACGACGAAAAAGGCGAGGACAAGGAAGUCCUACCAUGGAGUCGAUAGCGCCAGGACCACUCAGCGCUGCGGCGCGUACAUUCAUUGAAAAGCACACUGAAGUCGACCUUGAGAUAUCCCGGUUUGACGAGUGCCCCAUCUGCUUGGAAGCGUACGCAACCUCGUUCGAACAAAGCGUCCGUAUUAGAGAAAUCCUAGGAUGCUCUCACGUUCUUGGCUUCAACUGUCUGAAGCAGAUCCUACGCAGCGGUCCGCAACAAGGAAAAAAAUGUCCGUUAUGUCGCACACAGUGGCUCGCUCCGACCUGCAAGGGAGGCCACUUGCCUGCCCUGACACCUACCCUGGGACGAUCCUACAAUCCGUUCCAAACAGCUUAUUUGCAUGCAGCCCAAGUGGCCGAGAGACAAACUCCGACCACAGCUGCAUCCCGGAGACCAGGAUCGGCCAUUGAAGCGUCACCCAUCACGUCUGCCAACGUUCGCUUUCCACGUUCAAUUCCUCGCCGCAGUCUUGCUGAACAAGCAGCAGAAGAUGAAGCCUUCCGCACUCAGCUCAACAGUUACAACAGCUUUAGGCAUGAUAUUCAGAACAUACGAACCCGCGCUAAUGGCAGACGACCUCUUUUGCGGUCUCCCAGGCCCCUAAAUACCUCUUCACGCUUGAUGAGUGAUCUCAGGGAAAACGAGCAGCCUGGCAGAAGCAGCACUGCUACAGUCCGAAGCCACGUACCCCGUAUCAGAUCUUUCCGGGCUUGGCGUGUUGGGAGAGUAGAUCUGUUAAGAGAUGAACCUGAUGAAACGAUGGUCAAUCCACGUCCACACAGCGAUGUUCCUUGCGCUGCCACUUCGUCCCCUACACCAGGGCUGAUGGAGGCCUUGAUCUCUCCGGGGCAUAAUUCAUCACUGCACAUCCAGGAAGGUUCCUCAACGAUCCUUCCAAACCAUGACCAUGCCCUCUCACGAACGCCUGGGGACGAACCGAGCCUAGAUUCAAGCCCAUUACAUCUACCCAGUAGUACAACACAUGAUCUGCCCGCCUAUCAUCAGCCAAACGUGGAACCCUGUCAAAACAUGUCUGGCACCGGGGCUGAUGCAAAAACAGCAUCUCGACUGCGAAAAAUCAACGAAUCCGGGAACACCGCAGAAGACCUCAGCUCAAGCAGCUCAGAGGCACCGAACACCUCGACUGGCACUAUCAGAAUAUUGAGAUCGCGUUCUCCCCAUCCUCGAUCAAUUAAUCAAGAGGACGAGAGACGAACCACUCGAGAUCAUCUGCGCGUCCACUCACAUCCCAGAGACAUGCACGAGGAACACGUCCGCCUCAAUAAGCGCAAAACGCUGCACGAGAACCGCCUCAACGCACGACAGAUCCUCCUCUCCUCCAGCGAAGCCGCAACGCGCGUGCUCGAGCAAUCUGUACGCAAUCGCGAGCAGACCCUUACAGUCCGCGAGCGCGAAGUGUCGAGCAGAGAGGAACAAGUAGUGGAGCGCGAGAAGCGCGUUCUAGUGCGUGAGCAGCGGAUGGAUGUGCAACAGCAGAGUCUUGAGCGAGCUAUGGGCUUAAUUAUGAAGCAUCGUGAUGAGUUAAGAGAGAUGAUAGAGAGACAGCAGCAAGAGCUUGCCAGGGUCCUUGGAGGAGGUUGA